UGUUGUUUGGGGGCCUUACUUUCCUGCGCCAUUCGCACUCUAUACCCUCCCGCAGCCCUUUCUCUCGCCCAAUACGUCACCAAACCCUAACCCUAAUCUUAUCCGUGAGCAGAUAUUAUUGUUAAUUCAUUCAUUGCAUUAGUAAGAUCGAUUAGUUAUUCUUUAAUCGAAUGCCUGGACUGCAUUCUUCUGGUGCGUUGAUAUUCAGAGCUCCGAAAUUUAGGUUCCAUCAUGGAGGUGUUGAAGGACAAUUUAGAAGAGGUAAAGAUUGGGAGCUCCGUGGAAUCGUUUAAAAAAUUAUUGAAUUCACAGAAGGAUCUUUUCCACAGUCAGAUCGACCAGCUCCAGAGAAUUGUCGUCACUCAAUGCAAGCACACCGGCGUCAACCCUCUCUCUCAAGAGAUGGCAGCUGGUGCCCUGUCAAUAAAUAUUGGAAAAAGACCAAGAGAUUUACUAAAUCCGAAGGCUGUAAAGUAUAUGCAAGAAGUUUUCUCCAUUAAGGAUGCAAUUAGUAAGAAGGAGUCUCGUGAGAUAAAUGCUCAAUUUGGGGUUGCAGUCACACAGGUUCGGGAAUUUUUCACUAGCCAACGUUCAAGAGUGAGAAAAUUAGUACGGUUAUCAAGGGAGAAAGCCCUUAGAUCUGUUGCUGAUAAACAACCUCAGGAUGGGGUCCCAGUAAGCUUAGAUUCUGAUCGCAUGAUGGCUGUUGAUCCAGUUCCUUUGAACAGCGUUGGCCCUGCCACUAUAGAAGAAGCACCAUCUUCCUCAACACAAGAUGAUACUCCACCUGGCUUGAAUGACUCAGAUAAACAUUUUGUUAAUAUUUUUAAUAUUUUGCGAAAGGAGGUAACAUUUUCUGGGCAGGUGAAAGUAAUGGAAUGGAUUUUGCAGAUAAAAAAUCCUUCAGUAAUUCAAUGGUUUUUAACUGAAGGUGGUUUGAUGAUUUUAGCAACAUGGUUGAGUCAAGCAGCUGCUGAAGAACAAACAAGUGCCAUUUUUGUCAGCCUCAAGGUUCUCGAUCAUCUGCCCCUACAUAAAGCCCUCCCUGAGCAUAUGUCGGUCAUACUACAUAGUGUUAAUAGACUGCGAUUUUAUAGGACAUCAGACAUAUCAAACAGGGCAAGGGUUUUGUUAGCAAAAUGGAGCAAGAUGUUUGCAAGAAGCCGAGCUGUGAAGAAACCUAAUAGCAUAAAAUCUUCUAGUGGCAUGCAGAAGGAGAUACUGCUGAAGCAGAGGCAAGUUCGUUUCUUGGAUUUCAUAAUUGUGAUUUUUGUUCAAUCAGUUUUAUUCUUUAUGCUACUUAUCUGCAGUAUUGGCGAAAUUAUGAGCGAUGAAUUAUGGCAGCCAAAUAUUGCCCAUGAAAAUCUCCUUGGUCUCUCUCGUGAGAAUUCAAAAAAUUUGAGGAAAAUGGAAUCAUUCCAAGGAUUGAAACUAUUGCCGGCUUCAACAGAUGAUUCUAGUAGGAAGCACAUCCUAGGUGUACCUACAUCCUACGUGAGAGAGCGCCGAAAAGUUCAGCUGGUGGAACAACCAGGCCAUAAAAUGGCUGGCAGAAGCCCACAGACCACAAGAACAGCUCCCGUGAGUCAACGUCGCCCAAUGUCUACUGAUGAUAUCCAAAAAGCAAAAUUGCGUGCUCAACAUAUGCAGAGCAAGUAUGGAAAAACGGUUCCCUCUUCUAAUGGAGGCAUUGGAAUGAAGUCUGAUGGUUUGAACAAUCCUUCAAACAAUCAGGCUAAUAUUGUAGCUCCAGUAUCCAAAGUUCAUGUUCCAUCUAAAAGUGAAGAACAGAAGAAAACUAUGGUAUCUCCUCAUAUUUCUGAUAAGCCCGAAACUCCUGUUGAUCCUAAGCCGAAAAUGGAUUCGAAGGAUCUCAUGUGCGAGAAGUGUGCAAGGGUCCAGAUCCCUUGGCAGACACCACCAGAAAUUAAACUGAAUGAUAUUUGGAGAGUUGGUGCUGGAGAGAGUAGCAAAGAGGUCGACGUUCAGAAAAAUAGAAAUUGUAGGGAGAUGGAAAUCAUCUACCGAACUGCGCAGGAAAUACCAUCAAAUCCAAAGGGACCAUGGGACGUUGAGAUGGACUAUGAUGACUCCUUGACCCCUGAAAUCCCUAUUGAGCAGCCACCUGAGGAGGAUGCUGCAGAAACAGAUCAAUCCCAAAGCGUACAUGUUGAUAACCCAAUUGUAUCAACAUCGUCAGUGUCCCAAAAUAGUUGUGGAAGUGCAACGGAGCCAGAUCUCGAGUUACUCGCUGUACUGCUCAAAAACCCAGAAUUGGUUUUUGCCUUGUCUUCCGGGCAAGCUGCUAAUUUAUCCAGCGAGGAAACAGUGAAGCUGCUUGACCUGAUCAAGAAAGGGGGGGCUUGUCUAACAGGUAAUUUAAUCGCUUAUGCUGGGAAAGCAGAGGAGAAAGUUGAAGUUUCCCUUCCAUCACCAACUCCAUCAAGCAAUACCGGCAUGAGUGGAUGGAGAUCAGAGGAUGUCCAGAACUCAUAUCGGCAGAAUGGUAGUAUGCAGGAAAACAGAGUUGCAUUUUCUGCUGCGUCGGUAACCGAUAACAUGACUGUACUGCAACAGUCAUCAAGGGUGGCAUCACUGUCUGAACAAGUUCCAGCCUCAACGACUCAUUUCUCUUUGCCUCAGUCAAACAUGAUGCUUCAUGAGAAGCAUCACCCUUCUCUGGUUCCAUCUUUAUACCUCAGUCACUCAGCCAACACUGUCAUGACUGAAACACUUGCUGCUGCCGGGCCUUCUUCAAUGCGGGUUGAAACCAUAAGCAAUGUUGAACCUGCAACUUUGUCAACAAUGAGGAGUUUAACCAGGAGGCAACCGGCUCCAUACCUGUCAUCGAUUCCCUCAUUGCCAUUCCCGGCACACUCACAAGGACAACAACAAUUACCCCACAUGUAUAAUCCACCCUACUCGACGCAAAUAUACUCAAAUAGGACUCCUGGAAAUUUGGGUUUCGUUACUGAAGUGAAUCAAACUAAUUAUAGUGAAGCAUUUGGAAGACUCGGGCAGCGGCCAUCGAGGGAGAGAGAUAAUUAUGUGGCCCCUGAUGGAUUUGAGUCUUGGAAUUCUGAGAAUAGUUCGAUGAGGUCAUCAGAUUAUAUGCAGGGAGGGAACUAUCCUCAACCUAGAAUCAAUUCUGGUUGGAAUAAUAGGGUAGAUGAUAGGUCAAGACAACAGGGUUAUUCUGGUUACCAAGGACAGAACAGCAAGGGGGACGGAAGGCAGCGUGAUUGGAAACAUUAAUUGAGUUUACAACAUUCAUGCUCUCUCCGGGAAAAAGAAAAUCAAAACUGUGACAACUUUGUUCUAAUAUUAGUCAUAUGUGGUUUAUAUCAGUUUUCCUCGUACCGGUUAAGCGAUUGGUAUGCAGUAUAACCAAUUCAAAUGUAAUCAUAUCGGUUAGGCAACUGGUAUGCAAUAUAACUGGUUCAAAAGCGUCAAGUGUUUGUCCAUUGGAUUUUGUUGGCUCAAUGUAUUAAGAACAAUAUAUGGUUGACCCACGGGAUCCACACAUUAGCCAAAACUGAUUUAUUGACAAUUUAACGUUCAGCAACAAAUUCUUCAUUGCUCUGUUUUACUCUGUUUUUUAUUUUCGAAAUCAAGAGGAGCAGCUGCAUACUAUUUAAGAACAAAAGGUAAGAAACCCAGCUUGUAAAAAAGAGAAUUUCAUUUGCUUUGAUCGGAUUCCAGCUAGUUUCUUCCUUCCUCUUCGGUUGAAUUACACAACCAUUUUCUUCAUACUCUGAAUUCUGAAACCCAGAAUCAGACCAAAAAUGGGAUUUAAAUUCCAUAGACAGAGUCCCAUACACAAAUCAUGCAUCCCAAGACUCUCCUCCCAAUCACAAUUGACAGAGGAAUCCCCACCCAACUUAUAAUCCUUCAAAACUCCAAUUUCAGUAUCCCCAGUUUGUGGCAGGGAGAAUUGUGAACGCUGCGCCAUCUGUGUCUGAUCUGUUGUGUCUGAAUUAUUCUUUUGAAUGAAUAUUGGGCUUUAAUUUCUUCCCCAAUCCCUCUGAUGUUUCAUCUGGGUUCAUUAAUUUUCUUAAAAAGCCCGAAAUUCUGCAAUGGUAUUCUGCCUAAUCAGUAACAAAACAUGCAUGAUCUUAGUAGAGAGAGCAAAAUGACUUUUCCAAGUCUAAAAAGCCUACAAAUUUCUUUAUCAGAGUCAAAACUAAUCAAUCAGUAACAAUGUUACUCUGUUUCUUCAAAAAAUUCAUCGACCUCGGAUACCACAAAAAUCAGUAAAAGGCAAAACACCAAGGAGGAGCUGAAAACUUCAUACAAUUAGCUCCCUUUGUUCAUCACAAGAUUCUCGAUCUCAUGAAUAAUAUAAAUUCUCAAUUAGGAAAAAAUUUGAACUUUUAACUUUGCUUUCUUCAAAUUGCAUGCCAAUAUUUCAAACAAUCUUAUUGCUGCAGAGUUCUGAGAAACAAAAUAAAGAAUGUCGUGCUGGAAAAAAUAAUUUUCACCAAGAAAAUGAAACACCAGGUUGAAAUCAAAUCAACAAAGAAACAGCAAGAAAGAAAGAAAGCCAUUGAUCAGAUAAUUGUAGUCUGAAUAUUGAAGUCGACAUCGUAUAUUCCGUAAAAUAUAUCAUCACACCAAUGGCUCUAAGAUCAGUAUCAACAAAUCUU